AUGCUCCCGCUGCUCGGGCUCUGCUUUGCGCUGCCGCUCUGCGCCGGGUUGCUGGAAGAGGCGAGGAGCUGGGAGGACACAUCGGAUCAAGUUGGACUCAGGAUCCCAAGGCAAGUCAGGCUGUUGCAAAGGCUGAAAACCAAACCCUUGAUGACGGAGUUCUCAGUGAAGUCUACCAUCAUCUCCCGUUAUGCCUUCACCACAGUUGCCUGUAGGAUGCUCAACAGAGGCUCUGAGGACCAGGAAGUCACGUUUCAGAUGCAGAUUCCAGCUGCAGCUUUCAUCACUAACUUCACUGUGCUUAUUGGAGACAAGGUGUAUCAGGGAGAAAUUACAGAGAAAGAAGAGAGAAGUGGUGAUAAGGCAAAAGAGAAGAGGAAUAAAACCAUAGAAGAUUAUGGGGAGAAGGGGACGGAGACAUUCAGAGCUUCCGUGGUGCUUCCCAGCAAGGACAAGGCCGCCUUCCUCCUGAGUUACGAGGAGCUUCUGCAGAGACGGCUGGGAAAGUACGAGCACGUGGUCAGCCUGCGACCCCAGCAGCUGGUGGGGCGGCUCACGGUGGAGGUGACCGUGAUGGAGAGGCCAGGCAUCGCGGAGCUGGAGGUGCUGGGGCUGCAGAACAGCCGGCAGAGGGGCAGCGGCCGGGGGCCAGAUGAUUCUGGGCCACCUCCUUCUACUGUUAUCAACCAAAAUGAUACUUUUGCCAAAGUUGUUUUUAAGCCUACUGUGGUCCAGCAAGCCAAGAUUGCCCAGAAUGGCAUUUUGGGAGAUUUCAUCAUUAGAUAUGAUGUCAAUAGGGAACAGAGCAUUGGGGACAUCCAGGUUCUAGAUGGCUAUUUUGUGCACUAUUUUGCCCCCAAAGACCUUCCGCCUUUACCCAAGAAUGUGGUGUUUGUGCUUGACAGCAGUGCCUCCAUGGUGGGAACCAAACUCCGCCAGACCAAGGAUGCCCUUUUCACAAUUUUACACGACCUGCGACCCCAGGACCAUUUCAAUAUUGUUGGGUUUUCCAACCGGAUCAAAGUGUGGAAGGACCAUUUGGUGUCAGUUACUCCCAACAGCAUCAGAGAUGGCAAAGUCUACAUCCACCACAUGUCGCCAAGCGGAGGCACGGACAUCAACGGGGCCCUGCAGAGGGGCAUCCAGCUGCUCAACGACUACGUGGCCCACAACGACAUUGAGGACCGCAGCGUGUCCCUCGUGGUCUUCCUGACGGACGGGAAGCCCACCGUCGGGGAGACCCACACCCUCAAGAUCCUCAACAACACCCGGGAGGCCGCCCGGGGCCGGGUCUGCAUCUUCACCGUGGGCAUCGGGGCCGACGUGGACUUCAAGUUGCUGGAGAAGCUGUCCCUGGAGAACUGUGGACUCACGCGGCGAGUCCAUGAAGACCACGAUGCCCGUGCCCAGCUCAUCGGGUUCUACGAUGAGAUCAGGACCCCGCUCCUCUCCGACAUCCGCGUGGAUUAUCCUCCCGCCUUGGUGGAGCGUGCCACCAGGACCCUGUUCCCCAACUACUUCAACGGCUCAGAGAUCGUCAUCGCGGGGAAGCUGGUGGACAGGGCGAUGGACCGACUGCACGUGGAGGUCACGGCCAGCAACAGUAAGAAGUUUGUGGUGCUCAAGAAGGAUGUGCCCGUGGAGCCCCGGAAGGUGGGGAUCGAGGUCCCGCAGAGCCCCAGGCCCAGGGGGCGCGGCCAGGAGGAGCCCAACCCCCUGGAGCGCCUCUGGAGCUACCUGACCCUGAAGGAGCUGCUGAGCGGCUUGCUGCAGAGCAUCGAGGAGCCGGAGAAGCAGCGGCUGAGGCAGGAGGCCCAGGCUCUGGCCGUGAACCACCACUUCCUCGCCCCUUUCACAUCCAUGAUGCUGAAGUCAGCACCGCGGACAGAGACCCCGGAGGCCGCCUACGGCAUGUCCAGCACGCCCACGGCCACUGGACCCGAAACGGUGAUGCAGAGCCUGCGGGGCACACACCUACCGCCAGGACCUGCUGUCAAGAAACCAUACAACCCAAGGAUUAAAAUCUCCAAAACAUCAGCGGAUGGAGACCCUCACUUUGUUGUGGAUUUCCCCAUGAGCAACCUCACUGUCUGUUUCAACAUCGAUGGAGAACCCGGGCACAUCCUGAGGCUGGUCUCCGAUCACGUGGACUCCGGUGUGACAGUGAAUGGAGAGUUGAUUGGGGCCCCUGCUCCUCCAAACGGCCACAAGAAGCAGCGCACCUACUUCCAUACCAUCACCAUCCUCGUCAACAAGCCGGAGAGAUCUUACCUGGAGAUCACACCCAGCAGAGUCAUCGUGGAUGGUGGGGACAGGCUGGUCCUCCCCUGCAACCAGAGCAUGAUCGUGGGGCGCCGGGGGCUGGAGGUGUCCGUGUCCGCCAAUGCCAACGUCACCGUCAGCAUCCAGGGCACCGUGGCCUUUGUCGUCCUCCUCCACCUCUACAAAAAGCCAGCCCCUUACCAGCGCAACCACCUGGGCUUCUACAUCGCCAACAGCCAAGGCCUCUCCGGCAACUGCCAUGGCCUGUUAGGUCAAUUCCUGAAGCAGGAGGCCAGACUCACAGGGCUCAGCAAGAGCCCUGCCCAUCCUCCGGUUCCCGAGGCAGGGGAGAGGUCGGAGGCCGUCCUUGAGGUUAAAGGCCACCAGGUCCCGGUGGUCUGGAAGCAGAGGAGGAUCUACAACGGGGAGGAGCAGGUGGACUGCUGGUUUGCCCGGAACAACGCUGCCAGCCUGAUCGACGGGGAGUACAAGGACUACCUGGCAGCCCAUCCUUUCGACUCCGAGACCACCUUCGGCCCCGGCCCCUCCCAGGGGCUCUGA